GAGCGGCCGCGGAAGGGAUCGCUCUGCCGGUCCCCGUCACCCGCGCCAACGCGCAGGAAACCAAGCCGUGGUUGAAGGGUAAGGCCAAAGUGAUCAAGACGCUUCCCAUUUCUCCGUACACUGCAAAGGAGAACUGGGACUGGAAAGAGGGAAGAGGGGGAACCGGCGAUAGGACGCCGUGGACCGGCAAGACUGUUUUCAAGAUCAAAGAACAAAACAAGAAGGCUUUCGCAGGAGCAGCAGAGGAACGAGAUCCAGUGGUCGAGCACCCCGAUCCUGAGAUCUCCGCAGCCAUCAAUGAGGUGCCGCCGAUAGAUAUCCCCAAAGAGAAGCUCAAACGACCAGGAAACUUUCCCAUCCUGAGGUCGAAGCGAAUGGAGCUGUUGCCCGGGGAUUUCACAUUCCCAAUGAGAUCCGAACAGCUCGCACUGCAGGAGAGCCUCCGUAAGCCGACCCUCGCAGAUCAGGACUGCUCGUGGGGAGACACAGAAGGUGCCGGAACACGCGCCCCGCCCGGGGAUUCGCCGGACGAGCCUUUGCCUCCGCCCGGUGUGCCUGAUUUGGACGGCUCCGAUUUGAAGGAUCGUUUGUCCGAGUACUUGGACCAAGUGGCCAAGGAAAACGAGGACUAUGUUCCCGAAGAUGUCGGAGCUGUGGAGGACUGGCUGGGGAGGGAUGCUCCUGGAUCUUCUAAGGCACAACGGGAGGCUGACAUUGAAAGAUUCGAACGCAAAAAGGCUCGUGAAGCCGAGGAAGAUGCUCGCAAGGCCCUUAGAGACUCCCCGGCCAUGCCUGUCAUCGCCGAGCCUGACCCCGCAUUGAAACGUGGGUUCGUCUCCCUCGAAACAGAUGGCCUAAAGAAUGGUCUGGGUAUGAAGAUCCUGUUUGCCCACUCAGGUUGGGAGUUGAUCGCUAAGGUGAUUGACAUGGAACCAGCCGAGGACCACCCAUUUGCUUACGUCUUCGACAAGAAGCACGCUAGCCCAGCUGCCGACUACCAAGUCCGGCCGAACCGCAAAGAGGACUUCUGGGAGGUCGACGCUGAGUUAGCUGCAGUCGUUAGGUUGGUGGACCGGGAGAACAUAUUUCCCUAUCACUGA